CCGCCCCGCCCCGCCCCGCCCCGCCGCUCGGGCCAUGCCGGCCGGGCGCCCGGGGGCUCGGCGGCCCCACGCAGCCCCGCCGCGGGGGCCCGGCUCGCCGCGGGCCGCGGGGGCAUGAGGCGCCGAGCGCGGAGCGCGGCGGCGGGCGGCGGCGCCGGCCCUUCCCCUGCGAGCCGCCGCCGUAGGAUGAAGCAGCAUGAGGAUGUGUGACAGAGGCGUCCAGAUGCUCAUCACCACGGUGGGAGCCUUCGCAGCCUUCAGCCUCAUGACCAUCGCCGUGGGCACCGACUACUGGCUCUACUCGCGCGGCGUGUGCAGGACUAAGUCCACGAGCGACAACGACACGAGCCGCAAGAACGAGGAGGUGAUGACCCACUCGGGGCUCUGGAGGACGUGCUGCCUGGAAGGAACCUUCCGAGGAGUGUGCAAGAAAAUCGACCACUUCCCUGAGGAUGCAGAUUACGAGCAAGACACGGCUGAGUAUCUCCUCCGUGCAGUGAGAGCAUCCAGCAUCUUCCCCAUCCUUAGCGUGGGUCUGCUGUUCUUCGGGGGCUUGUGCGUGGCGGCCAGCGAGUUCUACAAGAGCAAACACAACGUCAUCCUCAGCGCCGGCAUCUUCUUCGUCUCUGCAGGUCUCAGCAACAUCAUCGGGAUUAUAGUCUACAUCUCGGCCAACGCGGGGGACCCAGGGCAGAGCGACUCCAAGAAGAGCUACUCCUACGGCUGGUCCUUCUACUUCGGAGCCCUGUCCUUCAUCAUCGCCGAGAUGGUGGGGGUGAUCGCCGUACACAUGUACAUCGAGAAGCACCGCCAGAUCCGCGCCAAGUCCCACUCGGAGCUGCUGAAGAAGUCGGCCUUCACCCGCCUCCCGCCCUACAGGUACCGCUUCCGCCGGCGGUCCAGCUCCCGCUCCACCGAGCCCCGGUCCCGGGACAUGUCGCCCGUCAGCAAGGUGUUCAGCACCAUCCCCUCCACCGACAUCUCCAUGUUCACCCUCUCCAGGGAUCCCUCCAAGGUCACCAUGGGGACGCUGCUCAACUCGGAGCGGGACCACGGUUUUUUACAGGUCCAUAACUCCAUCCCCAAAGAGUUCAAGGAGUCUUUGCACAACAACCCGGCCAACAGACGAACCACGCCGGUCUGAGGCGGGCAGGGGCGUUUUGUCAGGCUGCAUGACAUCAUCCUCGUGACGGUGUAACCUGUGAAAUCCUGUUUUUAAGGACUAACCCAGAUGGCUCCCCGUGCCCCUACCACGGGGCUGGUUUUUCACUCCCGAUAUGCCACCGGCCAGGCCACUGUGCCCAGGGUGGGACCGGGACCCCUGCGGCCCGCCCUGCCCGGCGGGGAGGGGACGGGGGCUGUGCUGUGACCCUGGCCGUGGUGGCCCUGCAGACUGAGCGGGGGGGCUCCCAUCACCACCCGGGACAGUGGCUUCCCGAGGUCUCCAUCGUUAAUGUUGCUCAUAACCGCAGUGUUACCUUAGCUGUAUGUCCCAUGGAAAUGCUGGCGAUAGCCCUGUCUGUGAGAAUCCUUAAUCCGGUAGUUACAUUUAAGCGAAAUUGCCUGGAAGUCUGGAGUUUGAGGCACUGAGACGGUGCCGUAGCGAGUGCUCGUGUUACGAAACCCCUUUCCCUGUCGUGGUGGAUGGAGUGCUUGGGCUGGGUUUCUCUAUGGCGUUUCGUGCAUGCAUUAAAUAGCUUGGAAUUCAAUUUUGUCAUGUCAGGUUGGAAGAAACAUCUUUUGCAAUUUUCUGUGGUCUUGAAAGGGCUUCUUUCUUUCCUUCUUUCUUUCCUUUUUUUCUUCCUUUGGUGCAUUCAGGCCAUGAAGGGACUCAGGAGCUGAAUUCCUCCAAUGACUGGUAGCAAUUAGCCAGCGUUUAACUAACCUCUAACAUUGCAAGAAAACGAAUGAAUUCCCUAAAAUUAAUCCACACAGUCACAAAUCACUGUCUGGGCACAACCAAGGAGGCAACACUUGACCUGGCGGUACUGAAGGAGAAGCUGGGUUGAUGGCUGGGCCGCCGGCCGCGGGCUGCGUGCGGAUGGUGUAUGAUUCUAUAAUGGCUGGGAGAUCGAUAAGAAAAAACAACAAUAAAAGCGUCCAGUUUGGC